GCAACCAGUAGGGAUGCGACUAUCCAUACCAGUUCAUAUUACAAGCCGAUGCAAACAAUGUUACUAAAGUUCAUGAAAACAUCACUGCUUACGGCCACACUGAAGGCAACAGCUCAUAAGUAAAUGCUGUAGUCAAGGUAGCAGGUAUAGCUAAGCUACUGGAUGUGGACAGUAGCAAACCAGCAAGUGACGAGCCACACAGCCACCAAAUCGAUCAAUCAACCGAAGCAACUUGCAGUGAUGGCCAUACACUUCUUGACAUGCCUGCUACUCCUGCUAGCAGCAUCGGCUGCGGCGGCCGCCGCCGACGUUGAGAGCACCAGCGGCCGAUGCGUGGACAGCUGCGGCGGUAUGAGCAUUCAGUACCCGUUCGGCAUCGGCGCCGGCUGCUUCCGCAAAGGCUUCGAGAUCAUCUGCGGCGACGGCGGCAGGCCGGUGCUUGCCGGCACCACGAUGCCCAUCCCGGUCAACCACCUCUCCAUCAGGACGGCGGAGGCCCGCGUGACGCUGCCCAUCGGGUGGGAGUGCUUCAACGCCUCCGACGAGGUGCACGCCUGGAGCGACGGCGACGUGCAGUUCAACCAAGAAGACGUGUACCGCAUCUCCAACACCCACAACCAUCUCGUCGUCGUCGGCUGCAACACCCUGGGCUACAUCCAGGGCCAGCGGACCCAAGGCAGCGACGACUACCCGUUCGCCUACUACACCGGCUGCAUGUCUUUCUGCAACGACUCCCGGAGCGCCGUCGACGGCGCCUGCGCGGGCGUCGGCUGCUGCCGCGUCGACAUCCCGGCCGGGCUCACGGACAACAAGAUGUACUUCAGGGAGUACACGCACAAGGCGAGGCUGGACUACAGCCCCUGCGACUACGCCUUCCUGGUGGAGAAGGAGAACUACACCUUCCACGCCGCGGACCUCAGGAUGGACGUCAAUCGGACGAUGCCGGUGUGGCUGGAUUGGGCCAUCCGUGACAACAACGGCCUUACCUGCGCUGAGGCGAAGAAGGAAGCGCAGGGCUACGCCUGCGUGAGUUCAAACAGUGAGUGCCACGACUCGUUCAAUGGACCCGGGUACGUCUGCAACUGCAGCAUGGGCUACGAGGGCAACCCCUACGUCGUCAAUGGUUGUACCGAUAUCAACGAGUGUGAACACGAUGAGUAUCCAUGUAGAGGCUUUUGUCAAAAUACAUUGGGUUCAUAUGAAUGCAGAUGUCCCAGCGGUUUCCACAGUGCUGAUCCGUUUAAUGAACCUUGCAACCUCAGACUUCCCCUUGGAGUAGUAAUUGCUUCAGGUGUGGCAGGUUGUAUUUUGAUCAUAUCAGUUGUGGUGUUUGUGUGGCUUCUCCGCAAAGAGAAAAGGAAGAACAAAGAAUAUUUUGGAAAAAAUGGGGGGCCUACUUUAGAAAAAGUUACCAAGAUCAAGCUAUUCAAAAAGAAGGAGCUAGAGCCAAUUUUAAGAAGUACCAAUCGCAUUGGAGAAGGUGGCUUUGGUGAGGUUUACAAGGGGAUUCUUGGAGAUGAACCAGUAGCAGUGAAGAAGCCCAAGAAUGCCAAUUUGGCUGACCAAUUCACUAAUGAAGUUAUCAUUCAAUCUCGAGUCAUGCACAAGAACAUUGUCAAGCUCAUUGGCUGCUGCCUAGAAGUUGAUAUCCCAAUUUUGGUAUAUGAGUUUGUGCCCAAAGGCAGCCUUGAUGACAUUUUGCAUGUCACUAGGGAGCCUCUAGAUUUGGAUCAACGUCUGGACAUUGCUACACAAUCAGCUAGGGGUUUAGCCUAUUUGCAUUCAGAUACCACCACGACAAUUCUUCAUGGUGAUGUUAAACCAGCUAAUAUUCUUUUAAAUGAUGACUUGAUACCUAAGAUAUCUGACUUUGGUAUAUCUAGGAUGAUUACCGUCGACAAAAAAUACACAAGAAAUGUCAUUGGUGCUGUGAGCUAUGUGGAUCCAAUAUAUCUGCAGUCUGGAAGAUUAACGACUAAAAGCGAUGUCUAUAGUUUUGGAAUUGUGCUCCUAGAACUCAUUACAAGGAAGAAGGCCUCAGAUUCUAAUGGUUUACUAAGCAACUUUCUAGAUUGUUACACAAAGGAUAAGAAAGUGAUUGAGCUUGUUGACUCUGAAAUUGCAGUAACAGGGAACAUGGAGCUUCUUCAUAGUGUGGCUGGAAUGAUUUUGAAGUGCCUAGAUCUUAAUGUCGAUCAAAGGCCAGAGAUGAUAGAUGUAGCAGAGAAUCUUCGCUUCUUGUUGAAGAGAUCGCGGAGAGAAAAGAUUGAAAUAUGAUAUUCUUGUGGUGAGUUGAUAAAAUGAUAUCGUUUGAAGUUAUAAUUGUGGAAGAUGAAAUGGAAUGAAGUUGUGAGUACUAAACUUAAAGGUUAUAUAUCCAAAGAAAGAAGUGAGAUUUCUGUUUGAUCUAAAGAAAUGUUUUGUUUUCUCUAAGCGUGUGUUUUUGCUGGACUGAAAACGACGUUGCAUGUAAAGUUAUUCUGUUUAUUAUAGAUAACUGCAUAUAUGCAUCGCUUUUAUUUUUUUUUUCCGUGCUUUUACGAUUCAGAAGGGACCCCUCCUUAUUUCCAAGUAUUUUUUUUUUCGCUAACACGCCCGCCCCAGAAAGAACGUGUAUUUGAUUAAGCAGAAGUAGAAUCCAACCCAGUUACAGUUAAAAGGAACUGCAGACCACGAAUCUUUGUUCUUUUCAUCAUUUUGCUCCGCUAAUGAAUUUGCAGGAGAAGCAAAUUCUAUUGUAGUGCAGUUGGCGACUCUGGACUUAUAUGGAGUGACAAUAUUCUGCUCGUUCGGAACUCGGAUGAGUCCGGCUACACCGUUUCCUGGUUCCGUCCCAUGUCGGCUUGAAUGAUCGAUCUGUUUCCAGCAAAGCUGCCAACAAGGAGC